UCCAACAGCAUCCAUCCUGUCUCCUUCAUAGUUCAUGGCGUGUGGGCUUCUCUCCAUGCCCAUUGCUGCUUCCUUCAUUCAAGCCGCCCUCAUUUCCCGACUCCACUGGUGCAGUCGCCUCCUUAUCGGCCUUUCUGCCACUAGUUCUAACUGGAGAUGAAGAUGAGUGAUCCAAUAAAAAUACUACAGGUGCCCUGCUAGCCAAGCAGUACAUAUACACCAGCCCAAACAAUUCCUAGAAGCAAGGGCUGGAAAGAAAGCAGGGGCAGUAUCAUGCAAUCCCAUUGUCCUCGUCAAUCCAGAGGAAGUCAAAGGCAGUGUUAGUAUGAAGACAUUCAAUAGAUCCUGCAUGAGCACAGACGCAGGCGGCCUGGGCCUGCCCUCAGAGACCCCGUGUGGAAACAGCUGGAGAUGCUUAUCUGCGCCCCUCCCUAACUCCUCCAACCUCCCUGGAGCUUGGGUCUUCUGAUCAGAGGAGCUAGGCUCCUGUGUUGGCCUCCUAAGCCGUGCCCCCCGGGCAGGCACUGGGCAGGAAGGAGACUCCUCACAUGAUUCAGCAUAAGCCUCCGUUGCUCCCUUCCUGAACCACACACUGCAAAGAGCAUGCCUGAAAUGCAGACGAAAUGGGGCCCAGCUUGGACAAGAAGGGUCCUGCUGUUCGCGAUCUUCUGGGUCUCUGCAUACCUGCCUGUCCGUGGUGUCUCCCUACCCCAGCGUCUCCCAAGCGCCACAGCAGGAAACAGCACGCAAUGUGUUGCCUCUCCAGCAUCGGAGUUUCCCGAAGGGUUCUUCACGAAGCAGGAGAGCAUGGACGGAGGCAUAGUAAUCUACUUCCUCAUCAUCCUCUACAUGUUCAUGGCAGUGUCUAUCGUCUGUGACAAGUACUUCUUGCCCUCCCUGGAAAUCAUCAGUGACUGUAAGUUGCUGGGAAGCUCUCCCAUGACCUUCCAGAAGCGCUGUCACACAGAUCGGGUUGAAACAGCUCAGUAACAGCUCUGUCCAUC